GUGUGUGAGAGAGAGCGUGAGUGUGAGUGUGUGAGCGUGAGCGUACAUGUCAGAUGAACUGACAGCUGGCUGCUGGAAUUUGACCGUGUGGAAAGCCUGAUCCUGUAACCACAGCGACCAGAGUAUUUAUUGCAAUCCACCCUGUUGAUUGGUGGACUUUACACUAUAAUCAGAGAGACAGAGGUUAAGGUUGGGCAGUCCAGGAUCACACCGAGAGCAACAAAUAUUCUGCGAAAAGGUAAAAGAAGAAAGGAGGAAGGAAAGUGAAAAAAACAUGGUAAAAAACCCGGGAGAACCUUUGUGGUUUGGAGAUAGUUGCUGGCGUUGACACACUUGGCAAUAAUUGUAUCUUCUUUUUAACAGGCUAAGUUUCUUACCCAAGAUCAAAUCCAAGAAUUCAGAGAGUGCUUCUCCCUGUACGACAAGACUCGGAAAGGCAAGAUAUCUACUGGCGACCUGAUCACAGUGAUGCGAUGCUUGGGAACCAAGCCCACUCCUGGAGAGGUGGAGAGACACAUGCUGCAUCAUAAAAUAGGUAGAAACAGCGAGCUGGAUUUCUCAACCUUCCUGGCCAUCAUCCACCGGCAGCAACAGCAGGAGGAUCCCGAGAGAGAGAUCCGGGAAGCCAUGUUGAUGGCUGACAAAGAGAAAAGAGGCUACCUAACAGCGACUGAGCUGAGGACCAAGCUGACCCAGAUGGGGGAGAAACUGACCAACAGGGAAGUGGAUGAGCUGCUACGACAAGCCAAUAUCUCCCCGAAUGGAAUCGUGAAAUACGAGGACUUCAUCCGGGCUAUCCUCCUGCCUCCUGCGGACUACUGAGCUUCCUCAGAAUCCAGCUCCAGCUCCUCACCUGCCCGUCAAUCUGCUGCCUGGUUGGACAUCGGCUUCUUCUACAAGAUGAGAGCAUCUUAUGAGGAGGACCACCCAAGAAGAAUGCUCUCUGUCCACCCCAUCACAGUGCCCAACUCUCUGGGUGAACAUCACGCCUCACUGUUCCCCGACCCACACAAGUAGCGCCCGUGUUUCAUGCGAGGACCUUCCUUGCGUUAAUCCUCAGUCUACCCCCACCAAUUGAAUUUCUCCUCUAGACAGGGUUUAGUGUAAAGUCACAGCUCCAAACAUUACUUUCUCUCGCUGUAAAUAUCUCUGGCACUCUUGAUUUCCACCAUUGAGUUUGAGUUUAGUUUAUUGUCACGUGCACCGAGCGGGGUACAGUGAAAAGCUUUUGUUGCACCCUAACCCGUCAGCCGCAAGACAAGACAUGAUUACAAAAGAGCAUAAGUUUAAAUGUUUCCAGCAAUUUUCAAUCAAUGCACCACCAACAAUGGUAAAACACCACGAGUCACCUCAAAGGAACAUUCUCAAACAAAGUCUUCCCCCAAGUUGCUGUGGAUGUUACGUGAUAUAAGUUAGGAGAAGGAGGUUUCAAACAAUGUGUUCAAGAGAGAGGUUGAAAGGAUGAUGGAGUCAGAGUCAUACAGCACGGAAACAGGCCAUCCGGCCCAACUUGUCCACGCUAACGAGAUGCUCGUCCCAUUUGGCCCAUAUCCAACUAAGGGGUUAGGGAGGGAUUUUGACGCUAAGGACCUUUUUAGCUGAAGGCACGGCUACCACAUGGAAUGUUAUCACACAGAAACUGUCAAUUCAACCCAACAGACCCCUGUGCGAUCAUGCGCAGGCAGAGGAGAUGAGUUUAAAUCAACAUGUUCGGCAUGGACAUUGCGGGCCGAAUGGCCUGUUG